AUGGCUCCAGUUGCACUUUCCGUUGAAGAAAAGUACGACGCUUCUCAGUUCCAGCCCUCCCACCUCGGUAAAACCACCCAAGGCAGCUUCACCGUGAGCCAAAAGAACCAGAACUUGGCCUUGUACCCGGAGUACUUGCCCACCUGGAACCCCUUGCAGAAAUUCCCACCCUACAAAUUCCAAAAGUUCCACGACAGGGGACUCGACGCCAGUGAGAACUUGUCAAGCUUGUUCCCCGCUGAUGGGCCCCAGAAGAUCAAGAGAUUGACGCCACGAUUAGGCUCAGAGGUUGAUGGUAUCCAAUUGAGUCAACUCGACGACCAAGCCAAGCUGGACUUGGCCCGGUUCGUCAGUGACCGCGGGGUGGUGAUUUUCAAGAACCAGGACUUCAACUCCAAGGGCCCCGAGUUUGCCAUCAAUUUUAUGAAGUACUUUGGAACCUUGCACACCCACCCAACUUCCGGUGCGCCUGAAAAGUUCCCGCAAAUGCACAUCACCUUCCGCGGCGCCUCGCAGGAGGAGAUUGACUCGGUUUUCGCCAAAAACUUGAACUCCAUCUUGUGGCACAGCGACUGCUCCUACUCGCUCAACGCCUUGCAGUUGACCUUGUUCUCGUGCCUCCAGUUGCCCGAAAGCGGCGGCGACACCUUGUUUGCCAACACCGUGGAGGCCUACAACAGAUUGAGCCCCGCCAUGCAGGAAAGAUUGGAAGGGUUGCACAUUUUGCACUCGUCGGUUGAGCAAGCGGCAGCCAACAAGAAGGCCGGCGGUAUCACGAGAAGAGAAGCCGAGACAAACAUCCACCCAAUUGUCAGAGUCAACCCAACCACGGGAAAGAAACAUCUUUACGUGAACAAGGAGUUUGGCAGAAGAAUCAUUGAGUUGAAGAAGGAAGAGUCGGAGUACUUGUUGAACUUUUUGUACGACCACAUUGAAAAGUCGCAGGACUUGCAAGUCAGAGUCUCGUGGCAGCCCGACACCAUUGUCUUGUGGAACAACGCCACCACCGUCCACACACCCUGCGUCGAUUUCGACGAGCCCGUCAUCAGACACGCGUACAGAAUCAGCGUCAUGGGCGAAAGACCCGUUUCCGAUUUGAAGCAUUUAAACGACGAAAACUAUCUCAAGGAAAAGUACGAAGAAUACGGCCUCUAA